GGGUUCGUUCUGCGUGGUGGAUCCCGAGCACGUUGUUGUAUCUGGAAGUUGUACUCCGGUCUGUCUGCUCCCGCAAGUGUCAAGAUGCUGUGUGAAAGUGAUGACUUUUUGAACUCUCCGCCCAAGAAAACUGUGAGGUUUGGUGGGAAAGUAACAGAAGUCUUGUCCAACUAUUCACAGGGUAAAACAUCUGACUUUGAUCUUUUGAUACAUCAGCUGUCAGAUCCAGAAAUAAAGGAUGCACAAAUUAUAAAUUGGCUUCACGAAUUCCGAAAUUCCAUUACAUAUCUUACAAUCGACUACGAGCAGCUUGUCAGUAUUUUGUUGAAGUUGCCAUGGAUAAACAGAGGCAAAGAAGUUGUGGAGGAAUAUUUGGCCUUUUUGGGGAACCUUGUUUCCGCCCAGACUGUGUAUCUGAGGCACUGCCUUAGGAUGAUAAUCUCACACUUUGUACCUGCUCGGAUAAUCAUAAGAGAAGGUGAUGUAGAUAUAUCUGACUCGGAUGAUGAAGAUGAUGGUAUAUUUGCAACCUUUAAUACUUGCCACAGGGCGCUCCAAAUAAUAGCACGAUACGUUCCUUCGGCACCAAGAUUUCUUAUGCCAAUACUCGUGGAAAAGUUUCCUUAUGUGAACAAAUCUGUAAGAACAAUGGAAUGCUACGUGCAUAACCUUCUAAGGAUUACUGUGUAUUUCCCAACCCUGAGACAUGAUAUUCUGGAACUGGUCUUUGAGAGGUUACUGAAAAUUGAUGUGAGCGCCUCACGCCAUGAAAUAGAGGACGCCGAAGAAGCUGCGUUACAGAAAGAUGGAGCCAAUAAAAGCGGCACAGAAGAAGGGCUUUUCAACAUGGAUGAAGAUCUGGAGGAGAAUGUAUCUGUUACAGUAAACAGUGAUAUUAUGGCUCAUCCUGCAGCUGACCGUCUGGAUACAUUGAUGCUUGUCGUUUUUGCUUACAUAAAAAACAUGUGCUACACCAGUGGCUCUUUGGAUCUGAACAAAACGAAAGAUUUAUACAAAGAUCUGCUGGCAAUAUUUGAUAAACUGAUUUUACCGACACACGCUUGCUGCCACGUGCAGUUUGUCAUGUUUUAUCUCUGCAGCUUCAAACUGGGAUUUGCAGAAGCAUUUUUGGAACAUCUUUGGAAGAAACUGCAGAAUCCAAACAACCCUCCAAUUAUCAGACAGACUGCUGCAACCUACAUUGGGAGUCUUCUAUCUCGAGCCAAGUUCAUUCCUGUGUUGACUGUGAAGGCAUGCCUUGAUCUUCUGGUGAACUGGCUGCACGGUUACAUUGAUAACCAGGAUGCAGGUAGCCGAGCUUUCUGUGAUGUAUCCCUUCAUGGCCCGUUCUAUGCAGCAAGCCAGGCUGUUUUUUACACCUUAAUAUUCCGUCAUAAGCAGCUGUUGGAAGGAAAUUUACGAAAAGGUUUGGCCUAUCUGCAGAAUUUGAAUUUUGAGCGAAUCGUCAUGUGUCAGCUCAAUCCUCUAAAGAUUUGUCUUCCUUCAGUGGUUAACUUGUUUGCUGCAAUUACGAGGAAAUACCAGUUGGUGUUUUGCUACACAAUCAUGGAGAGGAACAGUCGGCAGAUGAUCCCCAUUGUAAGGAGCAGCUUGGGCGGGGACUCUACCCAAACAUGCACAAACCCACUUGACAGCUUUUUUCCUUUUGAUCCCUGUAUUUUGAAAAGGUGUAAGAAGGUUAUUGAUCCUAUUUACCAGAUAUGGGAGGAAUCGAAUACUGAAGAUUUGAAGGGAGGUCAUAAACAUGUUAAGGGAGUUGGUGCAGAUGAAGAAGAUGACUUUCUAAAAGGAGAGACCCCUCACAGCGAUACUAUGGUUGGAAUGACUCCAGGUUCCUUGGAGGCUCACUUCAGGAGCCCUGCAAGCAGUGUGGGCUCUCCUCCAGUGUCUUUCCUCCAACGUCCCUUCUGAGCACCUCUCAGUAAACAAGAAUACACAACAUUGCUCCACGGAGCUCCUGCGUUAGUCAGGCUUCACCUCACCUACGCUCGUCAGUAAGAGGAACGAACACUACGUUUUGUAUGUGAGUGAAUAGUAUGACCAGCAGGGAGCAUCAUUACACUAACACUAGAAUACCAGUUCCAAAAAUCACAGGACAAUAUUGAGGAUUGGUCAUGUGAUUAUCAGUGUAAUCAAUUCAAAUUUGAAUGGGAUGUGCUGCUCAGGGGCUCUGAUCUUCUAGCAGAGGGUGUCAAAACAAACAACUGGUUUGAGCCUGGGUUUAGUAGUCUUAUAUCAGACAUAAACUAGUUGAAUCAAGAAAAGAGCAGAAGAGGGCGAUUUCACCUCCUAUUCUGCUAUGAUUGGGUACCCACCUCCUCUGCGGUCUCAUGGUAACAAAGUGUACCCUAUGUAAAAUUAAAUGCUCAUGUAUUUAAUUUAAACUCUGACUGUUGAAUAGAUCGGUUAACAAUAUGGCACUAUGUUCCGGGCAGUGGUUUAUAUGAAAUCAAAGUUUUCCUUCCAGAUUUCUUUAUAAACACAGUACUUUGUACUGUGAACGCCAGAGUGAUUGGGCGUUUCACUGGCUAUAACUAAUGGUGGCUGUUUAGAGCCUUUUAAAAUACUCCUGUUGUAGAAUGAAUCCUGCAGCAUUCUCUGAAUGUCAAUUGAUCUCUUCAAAAGGCCAUUUGGGUAAGAUGCAGUCUUUGUCCUAUAGCGAGUCUCUUUCGUUCACUAUAAAUAAUACCAGAUUUUUAUCCAAAGGUAAUAUUUUUUUUUGCUGAAUUUGUCUGAUUUAUUCUUAAAGCAGAUGUGUAAGUAGAUUACACAAUGUGAUGCUAAUUAUUUAUUUGUAAUUGGGGGAGAAAGGGCAAUGUGGGGAAGUGAAGACAAACGACACAACAGAAUUUUGAUCCCUGUUGGCAGAUUUUCUUCCCCUGUAAGUUAUCAUGUUGUAUAGUUUGGAACAAAUAUAUACAUUGCCUUCAUAUGAAUUCUGAUUUUGUUUGUAUUAAAAUCGAUAUCUUAAUAUAUUUUUUGUUUGUGACAUGACACUAUUGUGCAACUG